AUGCAGCGCAUUUUCCCACAGCAUGCUCACGAUGUGUACCGCGGCGUACCGUUGGUAUAUCCGCGCGAGAUUGACGACAUCUGCGAGCGUAUCCGCGACGCGACGGAUGGUCUGGGCGUGGACGAGAAUGUGCUCGUGGACGCGCUGAGCUCACUGUCAGCGAGCGACCGAUCUCUGCUCAUUUACCGAUACAAAGACCUCUACCGCGAGGAGCUCAAGGACACGCUGGGUCGCGAUACCGUCGGCGACUUCCGCUUGCUACUGUUGUUGCUCACGAUGCCACUGCCAGAGGUGGAGGCCUUCAUUCUGAACGUGGCCACUUCUGGCAGUGGCACGAAGGAGCGACUGCUUUACCCGAUCUUGCUGGGACGCACGAACGAAGAGCUCUCAAUGCUCAAGUCGACGUACUUUUAUAUCUUCAAUAAGGACCUGACCUGGCUCAUGCGCUCAGAACUGAGUGGCGACUACCGCGAGAUCAUUCUGCUGGCGCUUGAGCGCCUUCAAGUCACUUAUGACCCGGAGAUCCACACGUACGAGAAGGCGAAAGCGGACGCUGUCAAGCUGUACGACGCCGGUGAAGGCCGCUGGGGAACGGACGAGACCACAUUUGUGCGCAUCCUGUUCUCAAGUCCGCGGGAGCAUCUUGUCCUGGUGAACGAUAUCUACAAGAAGAAGUAUGUGAGCGACCUGGAGAUGGCCGUACGCAAUGAGUUCAGCGGCUAUGCGACUGAAGCUCUCGUGUUCUAUGUCCGCUUGGCACUGGAGCCAGACAUGGCCAUCGCCAUCCACUUCGAGCGCAUGAUGAAGGGUCUGGGCACGGACGAGAAGGGGCUGAGCGCCGCCGUGAUCCGAUACCACUGGAUGCAGCCUCGCGUCGAACAGCUCUACGAAAAGGUAUACGGUCGGUCGCUCGAGGAGCGGAUCCGUACCGAGACAGACGCCAACUACGGGGACUUGCUGGUCACGUUGCUACAUAUCCCGAUUGACGACGACAGCAAUCUCAACAGCGAUAGCGACAGCAACAGCAGUAGCGGGAGGGGGCCUGAGAGUGCGACCUAG